AGCCACCCUCAUGCCCAGCGACGAUUGGUUGUUGAUGGCUCCGGUAAUCAUCCGCAAUAUUGGUGUUGCCAAUAAAAUCGGCCUCGCUUGAAAACCACAACCAUUGUAUCCUAUCUAUCGCUGAUCCUGCACUGACGCGCGCUGGGCGUGUCACAUCGUAACACCAUGCUUCUUCACAUGUGAAAUAUUCUUUAGGAAUUACGAUAAUUCAACGGGGGAUUUUACCUCUUCCAAAAGCAGAUGUUGAUAGAAUGCAGUCUUUUGUAAAUGGGUCUGAUAGUUUGGCGUAAAGACUUAUUGACUUGCGGAGGGAAACAGAAAGUGUCUAAGAAGGCAGAAGAGUAAUAAUACAAUGGUUCAGGUAACAGGCAUAGAACUACUUGUGCUAUUUUUAGCCACUGGCGUUCAGGGCUAUCCGAUAAAAUCGAACGAAAUGAGGAUUUUAGUUUCCAAACUCAGCGACGCAACUAAUGGUGAUCAUCAUAGUUCAUUGAAUUCUUUACGGAAUCACGCUCGGUUCAGCAAGCACCAAUAUCCACAUUUUUCGGUAUUUUCCGAAAAUCAUGACUGGACUAACACAGCGGAUGGCCGCAAUAUUCUACAGGCUGUGAACUCGUUGUCACAACAGGAUCAUCCCCUGAACCGACAAGUUCUCUUGGAUCACAUACACCAGUCAUUAGAUAAACUCAGCGGGUUACUGAGCCAUCAUGAUCAUUCACUACGAACGAACCAGGUAAGAAAUAGAGCAGGCAAAGUCAAAGAUUUUAUUCACCAUAAAGUUAAGAUACACGUUAAAGAUGAAAAUAAUCAUUUUCAACAAUACAAAAUGGCUGGUGGUGGGCGUCAACAAAAUGGCCACCGCAAUGCUUAUAACAAUAAGCAUAGUGUCGAUUAUGAAACUAAAGACAAAUUCGGGAAAUCUCCCUAUGAUCUUGCUAGAAACAAAUUCUCCGGUGUAGGGACUGAAGCAAAAGAGAACAUGUUACCUGAUAAACUGCGCUUUGGGAGUCAUUCGGUUUUUGAUAAAUCCUCAGAAAACUCAGAAACCGGUCUUGUCCAUAAAGUUCAGAAGCAGGUCGAACCUGCACCCUUUGAGUUCGGGGCAGACAUACUUCAUAAAACAGGAUCAGAUCAAGGUGUAAGUCAAAAACCACUGAAACAUUCAAUUCAGCAUCCAAAAAUACAUCCGAUCGGGGCGGAAAAACCAUAUCAUUCAGAGGUUUCUCUGCCUGACAAAAUCUCGGGUAAUGCCCAGAAAUUACCAACAGUUGCUGGUGCUACCCAAGAACAUUUUGUGAUUGACGGCAGCUAUCCACAAGUUGCGGAUGAGACGGAAAUUGCCGAAGCUGUUCCGAGUUUCACCGAGCUAGGUUCGGAGCAUAACGGUCACGAUUCGUGGGGUGACGUCGUAGAACCGGGACAGUCACAAAGUUACGAUUAUACAUGGGAUGCAUAUCCAGUUGAGGUGCAGGACCAAAAUGGCGAGAAAACCCUGCAUUCCGGAUCUGCAGGCAUGUGGGGAGACCCUAUUCCCGUUGAUACAAAAGGUCAAAAGGUCAGAGAUAAUGCCUGCGCUGAAGCCACCAUAGGACCGUGCCGGACGGACUCCGACUGCCAGUUUGAUGUUUGUCAACACUACACGUUCGAGUGCGUCAAGGCGAGUUGUGUCUUCAUCGGCAUGCAUGACCAACAUGGUGAAUGGAUGGAUCAGCCUUUCGAUGUGGUAGAAAGUGAGCAAUACAUCGGACCCAACGACGGUGAAGUUGUCCCAGAAAAGGUCGAAGAUGGUGCGCCACUGGUCGCGGAUUCUUUCAUGGACGGCGCGAAGCACACGGCCUUGGAUUGGGGCUUUCCGGACCACGAGACCAAACCGUUAGAAUUCGCUGAUGUCGAAAAAAUUAAAGAUGGUCAGAUUAGUGGUGGACAUUGGGCUAAAAAACGCAAAUCGAACUGAUAUACCUGCGCAUUUACGUGCUGAAGCCUUGUAUACGAAGUGGUAGGAACCGAAAAAUGCCCGAGUCACGUGGAAUUAAAUGGUUCACGCUUCAAGGCUGAUAUAAGUUGCCCAUGGCUUUAGUAUCAACCAUCGUGACUCCAUUUAACUAAUUUUACGGAAUUUUCUCCAAUGUAAAUUCGUUUGAGCACAAAAACCUCUGACGAGUACAAGGGGGCACGAACAUGUAUUUAUAAAUCAACAGUAUUUCAAUAGGGAUUCCUUGAAAUAAAGCGAUUAGCAUAUCAUCGGCAAAUGCCUACCUCAUACUCAACCCAAUCAUCAUGCCGAUUUAUUGGCGUAAGGAGACCUUCUGACGCACAUCGCCGGUGAAUCGGCAUGAAGGCCAAGCCACUGAGGCCACUUGUACAGUUGUUUAGUUACAGAAGUUACGAUUCAAUGGCUACAGUCUUCGUUAUUUUAGGGGUAGCAAGUCGGUGCACAUACUAAAUGUAGCUGAGAUUUGGCUGGGUAUGUAACUGCGUUGGAUGUCGAACUAUCCGGGCUAAACUACGGCGGUAUGCAAUGUAGAUACUAAAUGCCGAUGGUAAAGUUAACCGCAGACCGGUGAUGCGAUAAUAAUCGCAUCCUAUGACGAAAACACGCUGUCUAUAUAAGGGAUAAUCGCAAGUGUCGGCAGCACGUGCGAUAAAUAUCACUUCCUGUUUGAUUUUAAAUGUAUACAAUGGAUGACAAAACGCUGUAAUAAGCGAUUUUACCUGCAGACAAGCCAUCUUUUUUUUUAAUCUCUCAUCGCAGCGAAAAUUGCUGCACGUCGCUGUGAUGGAAAGAGCUUGUCUGCGGUUCAUUUUUAGCCUGAACAAUGCUAAGCCGGCUACUCCUUUGUGACCCAGGGGUGUUUUCCUUUGCGGGCUCAAGGGAGGAGUCCUUGUGGAUUUGCGUUUUCGCGGAUUUGGGGGGCGACCCUGCAUUAAAUUGCAUUUAAACGUGUUAUCUUGAUGCCAUUCCCAGUGCACGAACACUGAGCCACUCCACAAUGUAUUUGGUCUUUGGCAACGUCUGGGUGGCGGAUGAAACUAUUCAUACAUCAAAUUGAUUUUUGUUUUAGUUCACGGGGAAAGGAGAAAAGCUGUAAAGGUCAGCUCAGGUUCCGCCCUGGAGUGAGUUCGUCUUUCAGAGUCUUAAGUAUAGAACCUGAAAAGUGAAAUAAAGCAAGACAUAUACGUGUAUGAAA